AUGGGACGAACUCCAAUCGAUGAGCUUGUACAUAUUAUUGAUUCAAAAGCGAAAUAUAUCACGAAGCUACCGCGACGUAUAGAUCCAUCUAUGACUGAAGCAGUAAUGAAAUGGAAAUCGUUGGUCACAAAGGCUUGUGUAUCACUUGUUUUAAAACUAGCACCAGAUUCAAGUGAUACUACAGCCGAGCCACCAAGUAGUGAUUAUAUGAUUGAUCUACGUGCCGGUAUUAACAUUUUACCACAACGGUUCGAUUCACUACGAAAACCGAUUGGUGAAGAAAUUAAAUUCUUUCGAACUCAACACGAAGAGAAAAUCAAACAGAAGCAAAUCCAAUGCUACAAGAUGAACGAAAAAGGAGAACAGUUAGGGGUGUCACUUUAA